AGAAGGACGGGACUAUGAGGAUGUGUAUUGACUACAGGCAGCUGAACAAGGUAACGGUGAAGAACCGUUACCCCAUGCCUCGUAUUGAUGAUUUGUUUGAUCAGCUUCAGGGUGCCGCCGUGUUUUGUAAGAUUGAUUUGAGGUCCGGGUACCAUCAGCUGAGGAUUAGGGCAGCGGACAUCCCUAAGACUACAUUUAGGACCCGUUAUGGCCAUUAUGAGUUCUUGGUGAUGUCGUUUGGGUUGACUAAUGCCCCUGCUGCCUUCAUGGACUUGAUGACACGUGUAUUCAGGCCAUACCUUGAUUUAUUUGUUAUUGUAUUCAUUGAUAAAAUACUGGUAUAUUCGCGGAGCCGGAGUGAACAAGAGCAGCAUUUGAGGAUUGUGCUCCAGACUUUGAGAGAUCAGCGGCUUUAUGCCAAGUUCUCAAAGUGCCAGUUUUGGUUAGACUUUGUAGCGUUCUUGGGGCAUGUUGUAUCUAAGGAGGGCAUUAUGGUAGAUCCGACGAAGAUUGAGGCUAUUCGUGAUUGA